AUACGAUCGAACGAGAAGUUAGGUACGGCCGGUAGCUCCCAAUCUUUCAACAUAUGGAGAGCAUAUAAUGCUAGAGCGACAAGUAAAAAAAAUACCAUCACAUCCCGCCAACUUCUAACCUUCUCUCCCCGCCAACGAUCGACAGUCCAUGGCCGCCGCAAUGGCAUCUCAACAACCCCCGAUAGCCCCCGGCGGCAGCAGUAGUCGUAGUACGGGGAAUAACAAUAGGAGGACAGAAGAUAUAGGCUUACCAAUGCCUUCCCGCAACCCGCUGCCGCUAUCAGCGAGUCAAGAGGCACAGGUUCGAGAGGUGUUCAACCAGCGCGUACGGGACCAGUGCGCAGACGAGAUUAAAGCCUUUGCAGACUGCGCGCGGAACCGCACCCUAACGAUCGCCUUCGCGUGCCGGGACGCCUCGCGGCGCAUGAACGGGUGCAUGCAGACGUACGCGACGCCCGAAGAGCACGACCGCGCGCGGGAGCAGUGGUUUGCGCAGCGGCAGCAGCGGGCUCGCGAGCGCGAGCAGAAGGAGCGCCGGAAACUAGAGCAGGAGGCUUUUCAUCGCGAGUGGUGGGGCUUGCCCCAGCGGGACCCGGAGGAUGUCAAGAGGGAAUUGGAGAAGCUGGGGAGGGCGGAGAGGAUUGGCGGACAGACGAGAAGGAGACCGGCGGGGGAGGGGGAGGAGGAGGGGAGGCGGUGAGAAGAGGGGGGAGAAGGGGAGAGCGGAGAGCGGAGAGGAUGUGUAUGUGUAUAGGUAUAGGUACGUGGUGUAUAUGCAUCUCCGGCGUUCACUGGCGGGAUAAACUUGUUAAUGAGUUCGGGGUUUGGUUCCGAGAUACUUCUCUGCGACGUUUUGUGUACCCCGUGAAAAAAGGGGGGGUAAUAGACAAUACACAGUCCAAGAUUUAACUACUAGCACAAGCCUAUAUGAUACUGCAACGGGUCUCACGAAUUAUAACGAGAACU